AUGUCGACAGCUUCUAAUCAGUCAAGCGGCAUCAACCGCAAAUUGGCCGACCUCCAAAAUGAGGCUAAACACUCACAUUCUCGCAGUCUGUCGAACUCUCGCCGGAGACUCCUAAGCUCAGCAGAUGCUUAUUCAUAUGCACUCCGAGUCGCCUUUCUGUCUCACUUACUUCAACCUCGAGCGCGACGCACGCAAACCGUAACCCAAGCAUCGACCCAUACUCGCCGUUCGUCAUCUUCGUUUCAAGACCUGCUAGGGGAUUUCGUUCGUCUGAGGGAUAACAAGAGCACGAGAUUUCCACAUGGCUUCAUCGCAGAGCUAGAAAAGAGACUCACGGGCAUAUUGAUGGGCAAGGAAAGAAGGAAAGAAUAUCAGGAUCACGUCGUUAUACGUUCUUUUGCGGCCUUUCUCAAUGCCUUGAAGGACCCCUCCUUUAAGCGGCGAAUGGAGGCAGACCGCCGUGUGGAGGAUCUCGUGCUAAUUUUCUUUUCGAAUGCCACAAAGGAACUGGGGAAAGGUAAAGACCCCUCGGAUGACAGCUGGAGUCUUAUGGUGGACAGACAUGUUGCGCUUUUUGUCCGUCUCAUCACACUCAUUCUCAAAGAACACGACUGGGCCAAGGAUAGACCAGAACUUACCAGCAGGCUGGCGGUAUUAGAGUCGAAACUCCUAUCCCAUGACCAAGACCUUGCCGAAACCAAUGGAACAUCCAAAACCGUCGAGAUGCUUGCGCCUAUCAGCUACGAUGUUAAAGAUAUGCCGUUGGUACAAUUGGUUGCGAGGAUAUUCGGGAUUAGUACUUUUCAGGCUCAGGAUGAUAUCAACCGGAACAAGAAUGAUUGGACCGCAAGGGCUGCUCUUCAGGACCUGAAGAAUUACCAAGCACAUUUGACCCUUAAGACGGGAAAAACAUUGUCAAGAGACGACUUUCCCGAUGACGAGUCUUACGAGACCUGGAAACGUGGUGAAGCGCCGGACCUGUCACAAAUGAUGCUGGCAAUUGUACAGUCAAACCCUGAACUUGCGAAAAGUACAAAUGGUUCAUCUCUACCACAGUUCAUAUCACCGGACUCAGUAAACUCUACCUUUUCUGAACUGUCGUCUCCGGCUUCUAAUAGGUCAAAUCGCAUUUCGUAUGUCAUCGACCAGCCUAUUGACUUGAGCUCCUUGUCGCUAGUGGAUGGCACAGAGCCUGAUCAUGUCUACACUUUUAUACCCUCCGACCCGAGAUCUCUCUAUCGCGCAAUUUUAUCCCGCGCUUUGAUGUAUGAUCUUCAGGAUCAGAAACUAGAAGCUACAGAAGCAACUUCAGAUGUUCCAUCCCUAAAGCUAUUGUCAAAGCAGUCGACGGAACUAUUAAACGAGAUAUGCUUGCGCUGGCGCAUUCCGGCUUCUUCUCGGGUUGUUCUAUUUCUAGACGUGAUCCGCGAGAAGUUUGUGGACCAGCAGAUCGAUCUCAAGACGGUUGAUGCCGCUUUUACUUUUGUAAAGCAGGUUCCAGCUCAGGAAGGAAAGAAGAGAAACAGUCUAUUAGCUUCUGUUGUCUUUGAAAGGAAUCGUUGGAUUCUGCCUGAUAUUUCGUUGAUGCGUGAUCUCUUAUCCGCGUUACAGGAAGCUCUUUUGCGGGAGCUGUAUGAUGUGAUGAUGCAUUGCUAUGAUGUGAAGCCUCACCCAAUCGGUCCAGUUAUGUAUAUUCUAGACAAUCACGUCCGACUUGACCCGCAGUUUGAAGACACUCCUCAUAAAUUGGAAGGGUUUUCCAAGUACGUCGAAGAGGGCCUCACUGAAAAAGCGAAGGAGUGUUAUCAGAGACUUCUUGAUGAAGCUAUUCCAGCUGAUCAUAUGCAAUGGGAGGCUUAUAAUGUCGCCCAGCUGGGGGAGUCUAUCAUGCAGCUAGCGAAGAAAAUCAAGAAGCGCUACAAGAACAAUCCUGUUAUCAUGGGGGUUCAUCCGCUGGACAGUCUACUCAGCUGUAUACUUCCAAUGUACGCAAACGACGCUCAUGAGAUUGUUCUUCGGCUCCUCGACCGAGAAAAGGAACAAGGCUCAGAAAUUCCCGUGCAGGAUGGCUUUGAUCUUUACAAAGGGUUAUCUGAAGUCAGGCGCCUGCAUGAAGAUGCACUUCCAGAUGUUCCAUUUUCAGUUCCGGUUGAAAAGCUACUUUCGAGCUUUGUGUGGCGCUGGAUUGAAAAUACAGACGCGAAAUUCAUGGAGUGGAUUGAACAGGCUGCCAAACAAGACACUUUCAACAUCCGGAGCGGUGAUCCAAACGAUCUUCCACCCGAUGAUAAGCGACAUAGUGUUUCUGCAAUCGAUAUAUUCCGUUCGUUCCAUCAGGUUGUCGACGAUAUGAAGAACCUGCAGUGGGAGGAUACUCUUCAGUAUGCUAAAUUCAUGACAGCACUAUCGAGAUCCAUUGGACGAGCUAUUGCUCGAUACUGCGAGCUACUCGAACAAGGAUUUACCAGAGAGAUGGAUCGAUUGUCUCCAGAUCAGGAAGCUUCUUUGGUUCAAUCAAGACAGGAAAAGUUCAUGCAAAUGGCGAAGGAUGCUUGGGCCAACAAGGAAAAGAUCGAGCCGUUCCAAUUUCUUCCCGAGAGUCUUGUCAAGUUGAACAACAUUGAAUAUGCCGUCGCCCAGCUCGACAAAUUGGAAACGGAGAUCAAUGUGGAUGGUUGCGCAGAUAUUAUUGCCAAGAAUACACCACCCAUCACGCAGCAAAAGAUUCGUAAAGCGACGACCUAUGUUUUCACUGUGAAAAUCGUCGAGGGAGAGGAUUUGAAAGCUUGCGAUAUUAAUGGCUGGAGCGACCCGUAUGUCGUUUUGACAGACGAGUACCAGAAACGUAUAUCGAAGACUCAUAUUGUGUAUCGCAAUUUGAAUCCUCGAUGGGAUGAUUCUGUUGACAUCACAACCAAGGGUCCCUUGAACAUCAUUGCCACUGUCUGGGACUGGGAUGCAGUAGGAGAUCAUGACUAUGUUGGACGAACAUCGCUCAAACUGGAUCCCGCUCAUUUCAGUGAUUUCCUUCCUCGAGAAUUCUGGCUUGAUCUAGAUACUCAAGGGCGAGUUCUGAUACGAGUCAGCAUGGAAGGUGAACGAGAUGAUAUCCAGUUUUAUUUUGGCAAAUGUUUCCGGACAUUGAAACGGACUGAGAAGGAAAUGACUCGAAAGAUUACAGAAAAGCUUUCUGCCUAUAUCAGUCACAGUCUUUCACGCAGAGCUCUCAAAGCAAUGCUCAAUCGUGGCCUUACCAUCUCCAGCUUCCUGAGCCGAAAUCGUACAGGAAAUACCUCGACAAUGCCAACACAAGAUGAGAUCGAGGCUGCCCUAGAUCCUCUCUUUACAUAUUUCAAUGACAACUUUGAAAUCAUGAACAAGACACUGACUUCCGAGGCCAUGAAAAUGGUCAUGGCUCGAUUAUGGAAGGAAGUCCUAGUAACCAUUGAGGGCCUACUCGUCCCUCCCCUUUCGGACAAGCCUUCACAUCAACGACCUCUUACCCAGCAAGAGGUUGAUAUCGUUUCCAAGUGGCUAGGUCUACUUCUAACCUUCUUUCAAGUUCCCGAUGAAGUCACAGGUGAAGCCAAUGGUGUCUCAUUGGAUAUUCUGAAAUCACCUAAAUACCACGAGAUCCAGUCUCUCAUCUUCUUCUACUUUGAGUCCACCGACACCCUCAUCCGAACCUCUGAACGAAUGGCCUCAGCAAACGCCGCACGACAACAAACGAACAAGAACAAAUUACUCGCCCCCGGCGGACCUGGCAGCAUCGGUGGACCAGGAGGCGCACUCGGCGUCCCCAUCCGACGCGCCAAGAGUGUAAUGUUUGUCCGCAACAUGGGCACAAUGCGCAAAGCCAAAGCCGAGAAAUGGAGAGAAGCACAAGCCGAUCCCAACGAUGACAUGAUAUUGAGAAUCUUGCGCAUGAGACCCGAGGCAGCUGGUUAUCUACGUGACCGCAGCCGACAAAAGGAGCGAUUGGCGGCCGCCGCGGCUGCAGAUGCCAUUGUCAAACAAAGUCUUGUGGCUAGUAGUGGAGGACGAAUGGCGGGGACAUUGGGGGGACGAUGGUAA